CUGGAUUUUUGUAGCUGUUUUUUGCUCUGUCAUUUCCUCACCUACAUAAGACUGAGUGAAAGAUUGGUUCACCUCCAUAGCAGCAUGCACUCUAAAAGAAAAAGUAAACAGGAACAACCUGUCACUUUCUCAGUGGAAGUCAGGUCCAUCCUGAACAUGGUGGCAGAAAACAAAGGCCGUCCUCUUGAAACAGAAACAAGGGCAUCACAAAUCCUUGAAGAUAUGUGGAGAAGAGCAAAAAAAAAACAGAGGAGAGGUGGAGGAUUUCAUCUCAGAGACAGAAUCUGGGACAUGUAUGGCAUGUUUAGGAGUGCUGACACGUCCAAAUUCUCUGGUUCCAGGCUCCAGACUCAUUCCAUCUUACCAUCAGAUUCAGUACUAACUUCUGAUUUUGAUGAAAGCUGGUCAGACGAAAAAAACAGAUAUGAAUUCAGGACUCUUUACCUUCAUGCUGGACAGUUUAAGUGCAAAUUCUUGGACCUUGUGUUUGAUAUGAAAGAGGAAGGCAGAGUGAUGUACAAAAUAGUGUCCUGGGACAGGCGUGUCUUGGAAAGAUUAAGCCACAUGGAGCCUGCAGGACCUCUGUACAAUAUCGAGUGUCAUAAAGGUUCAAUCCAUCGCCUGCACCUUCCACACUGUGAGACCCGUACAGAUGUGGUCACAUUGUCUGUGGCUCAUGUGACUAAUGGAAAUGUGAAGAUCCUUCAGCCGUUAAAAGUAACACACACACAUGUCAUCAUAGAAGUUCAGAAUCUCUCAUGUUUUGGUCUCUUAAAAGCAUCGCUAUUAUCAGCAUAUCUCAUCAGAGCCCAAAUGAGACAUGAGAGCAUCAGAUACAUUCCAACAAAUUUCAAAUGUAAACUGACCCCUGGGAAAAAAUACAGACCGUACUGUAAAACUACUGACCAUGAAUAUGUUUCCCAACCAGAGGAUGAGACGUUUGAUCGUGCCCGUGACCCCAACUACCAUCCUACAUUUGAGGUGUUCCUUGACACUGAGGAUAAUAAAGUCACAUUAAGUCUUCUGUACAAAAAUAGCCGGGUGGUGUGGAAGCCUCGUGAUGUCAUGUUUACAGGUACACAGAGAGCUGCAACCAGUAAACAUUCACCUGGUGCUGACUUUGUGGAUAAAUAUAAAGCACAUGUCAUUCAGAGAGUUCCUUCAGUAAUGGAGAUAGUAGACUGUAUCAAAAGCAAGGAAUUUACUAAUGAAAUGUACAAUAAGAUCCGUGCAGAGAAAACACCACAAGACAAAAUGAGAGAAUUGUACAUAUAUCUCAACUCAGCAGGACGAGCUGCAAAAGCUGAAUUCUAUCAAAUUCUUCAAGAGAAACAUCUUGAAUUAGUGACGGAGCUGGAGUCAGGAUCUGGUCUGGAUUAGUGGACUUUUGACAGAGUAAAUAACAUGUAGACAGGGUUGUAGCCCCGAUUCUGGCCCCUACGCAAAGACAAUGUGUGGGGGCUUGGCCCCUUAGUUUCAGUGAAAUGAACUCUUAAUGCUUUAGCAUACCAAGACAUUUUGGACAAUUUCAUGCUCCCAACUUUGUGGGAACAGUUUCGGGAUAAAAAUAAAAAUUAUUCAGCAACAAAAUUGCAAUUACCUAUGAUAUUAUAAUGACAUGAAUAGCAAUAUAAACAAAGAAACAAAAAUAAAAAGAACCUAAGUUUAAUGAAUUCCUGUAUAAAAUUUCAAAGUUUGCUGGAAUAGGCACGCUUUUUGUUUCUUUUCCUCAACUCCCUCUCUUUUCUUUUUUGGUCUAGAUAUUGAGCACCUCGCGCCGGUCUCGAAUUGAAAAAACAGUACAAUAGACCACUCGUGUUUUUCCCCUUAGUCACAGCCCAUUAUCAUUUGGCAUCGUUCCUAAACAACUAAUCAAAUCAUCCUAAUUUGCAUGCAGGCAUAGACGUGUGGGUGUGCCGAAGCACAGCAAGGAUCAGAAUAUUGCGUGCACGUGCAUACACUGAAUAUACACACUGAAUUUCUCAACAAUAAUAAUAAUGUUUCAGGAUCUUCGAGGGCAGGGUGGUCAAGGCACCUCACAUGCCAUGGUCCUAUGUACUUAGUCACCCUUUACCUGUGGCCCAUAGCUAGUUGAAGCAAAACUGCAUGGUACAUGCACGAUCCACGCAUCGCAUCUUCUUCAGAUCUUUGAGGCUCUGGAAAAGAGAGAGGAUCAUCACUGUAGCUGUCGCAGUUAAAGGUAUUUUCUUGCUAAAUAUUCUGGCCAUUUUUUGAAAGAUUCCUUUUAUUUAUUAUAAAUGUUAUGUAAUAAUUGAACUCUUAUUUGAGUAUUGUAUAUUUCAUUUGCAUUAUUGUUGGCAAUAGUGACACCUGCAGGAGAAAAUAAGUAGUGCUAGAUGUAUCAGUCAUGUGAUUUUUACUAGCUGCGUCAUAAGAGGUUAAUGUCUCCUGAAUCCUGAUUGGAAAGCACACGGUAUGUUUAUCUUGUUUGUCAAUUAUUUAUAAUUUGAGGUACAACAUGUAUUGAUGUAAGUUUACUAAGUUUUGUGAUUAAUCGAACUACAUCAUGGCAGAUUGACUUCAUCAUUCAGCACAAAUUUGAUUGUAAUUUUUAUUUAUUUUCAGUUUUUUCACGGUGUCCAUUUGAUGAUUGAGAUGUUGACCAUCUUGGCAUUUGAAAAGAAUAAAUAUUGAAGGCAUCGAAGGCAUCAGUUGAAGCGUGGUUUUUUUAGUCAUGGAGAAAAAAUUCAGGAGCCGUGCCCACCCAGCAAUGAGAUGUCC